UUAAUGUGUUGCAAUUAAUACAGUGUAAAUGACGCUCUUUCAUUAAGUCCCAGUUAUCUGAAUAAUUAUACUGAACAUAUUGACUGUCUUGCGAACAAUAAUAAUACAAUUUGCGCUAAAACUGUGUAAAAUAAAUGUGCCAUUGGUUUUCCUAUUUAUAUUUAAGAGCCCAGUUGGUCAUAUGGUUAUUUGGAGAUUAAAAAAAUCUCUUAAUGUUACAUUUUAGGUGAUAAGUGUAUUGGUAAUAACUAUAAUCUCUUAACAGAGGACAGGAUGAAAAAAAAAAACAUUUGAAAGCUUUCGCACUUUCAAAAUAAAGAUUGUGUGACGUAUGUAUAUCAAUUUUUGUUUUAAUAGUUAAUGAUCUGCUUCACACCGAAAACUGUGAAUAUUUCCAGUGGUUUUAUUUUCUUUUGUAUUCGUAUGCAUUUUAAACUGUAGAAAUAUAGUGAAAGUGUAACAUGCACAAAAGCGGAUAUGUGCAUCUUUUCUAAAAUGAUAAGCAAUGCAUUCAGAGUUUAAUCCUCUGGAGAGUCAGAAAUUAUAGAACAAAUUAUUAAAGGUGUCAAUGCAUAAGUGAAAGUUGAAGCGUAUUUGUACAUAGGACUGCUGAACGACCAAUUUAAAACAAAAACUCGUGGUAUUGAUAAGCAAAAAUGAACUUUGACGUGUUUAUGAUACAAUGGCUUGCGUGCUGGAUGCGUAUCGUAUGCACGCCAAAGUUUAAGUAAGAUACUUUUUUAGCGUACUAUUUUUGCGCAGUUUCAUGAGUCCAACAGACAGGCCUAGUGACAGAGGUAAAAAUACACGUGAACUCUUACUCUCAGCGAGCUCAGAGUAUUUUGGGCUCUUGACUCCGUGUCUAUCGGUGUCGUUUUCAGUCUGAAGCAGAGUAAGCUAAUGGACAACUUCAUUCCGCACUUCACUGGAUUAUUUCAAGGAUUAAGUAAUGCGGAGUGAGAAUUUAUAACCGAAAGGAUGUAGUUGAGAGGACGACGCUAUUUUCAUUGUGAAGUCGGCGCCAGAGAGCGACAGCUUGACCUUGUCGUGCUUUAUUGACAUGGAAGCAACAAAUGCGCGCGGCGCAGAGAGCGCAGCCUGGGCUGCGGAGGAGAGGGCAGACAUGGCGGGUUUCGGAUAGUGAUAGAAAUGUGCAACCGCAAAUAGUUCAAAAAGAGUCUGUGAUUCGUGUUUCGUUGUGACUGAAAGAUGUGGAAUGCGUUUGGAAAUGGAUCUAGCGGGUACGUGAGCAAGGCGCAAGGCUGGGAGUUUGUCCCGUGCUCGCGUCUGGAGAGACCCGGGAAGAAGCUCCAGAGUCCCGCCAGGGUUCGGUCUUUCCCGAGCAACCUUCCGGAGCUUCCACCUGGACCUCCUCCCGCCGCCGCCGCGUCCGACGCGACCCACCCGGAGCUGCAGAGUCCGCACACGCGCACAAAAAAGAAGCUCGAGGAACUAAAGAAGCGCUUCGACCAGGAGAAGGAGGAGUGGAGAGUGGAGAAGGAAACGCUUUUGAGACAAGUCGCUGAUAUACAAGGUGGAGAGAACAGGAGGAUACUGUUGGAUCUGAAGUGUGUUUUAGAGGAGGUGCAGUCGGGGGUGAAGCGCGAGGAGAGUAAACGGGGAGAGCUGGAGCUGCAGUACAUGAAGGAUCGAUGCGCGUGGGACCUGGAGCGAUCAGAGCUGAAAAGUCGCAUUACUCAGUUAGAAGCCCGGGGAUGUAGUGUGGUGGCGGAGACUGUGAGGAGUCCAGAAGUAGGGGACACUCUGAAACGGGAGAGAGCAGAACAAAAGAAGCUGCUGGCAGACACUCACAGUGCGGCCAUGGACCUCCGCUGCAGGCUGGAGAACAGCGAGAAGGGCUGGGUGAAGGAGAAAUCUGAGCUGCUGGAACGCUUUGAGGCUGAGAGGAAGGAGUGGGAGAACCAGCUCAUGGACAUGCAGCGGAGGAUUGAGGAGUUGUACAAUGAAGUGAGGGCCCACCGUACAGGAAGUUCUCUGAGACCAAUUACUGAUGGACAGAAUGCACUAAGGCUCAGCUCAUGUUCUGCCAGCACUUUGUCGAGUGCAGUAACCUAUCCCUCAGACGCCCAGAGCAAUGAAUACUCUGAGGCUCUAACCCAGCAAAGCAAUGUCAGCAUCGACUCCCAACAAAGUCAACUCAGUCAGAACACCAGUGAAGCCAGCGACCAAUGCAACAGCGAUCAAAGCGAACUAUUAAAUCAGCAAGAUUCUGCUGAACAACAGGCCAUAGACACUGUAGAGCUGGAAGAAAUCCUGGAAAGCUGUUUGAAAAAGAAUAUGGGGAACAAGUCCUGCUUCACUGGCCAAGAUGACCUCCUUAACCCUUUCAAACGAUUUCAGAGCAUGGAAAUAAGCUGUGGAAGCGACAAAAAGAAGAAUAAUACUGCCCUUAAUGCGGCACUUAAGGAAAUUGCUCGUGUGAGUGAAGAACUCUGUAGCUACCAGGAGGAAACAAGGAAGUGGCCUGAUAUUAAGAGAAGUCGCAGUGAGUCAACGUUUUUUCCAAGAGAGGCUGAUUUGGUGGAGAGGGUAAAAAACAAUCUGGAAAUGGAAGACACAAUUUUGUACUUGAAAAACAUGAGUGAAGACCUUAAAUCCCUCGAUGAGCAAUACUGGACGAAUUGGGAAGGUUGUAACAUGGAAUCGCAGCAAAGUGAGGCUAAGCCACAAUACAACAUGAGACAACAAGCCCCACCCAUACCAGCCCGUAGUACAUCUUGGUACCUAAGCAGUCCUUGCGUUUCAGAAAUAGAGUCCACUUGUGCAGAGCAAGGAUGUCAAUGGCCAGGAACCCACCCAGACAGAAAGUACACCAGUCCCGCAAUUGUACGAAAAUUUGAAGCAAUGCUUCAAGAAAAUGAGGGGAAAAUUCUGACAGACUCUGGGAACGUAGCCUGCUCCGUGCCUGUUGAUUCCAAGUCUAAUAUCAGCUGCUGCCAGAGCCGCUGGUCCUGCGAUGGAAGUAGAUUUGGCAGCAACCAGUUAUCCAGAUAUCUACCUGUUAAGAGAUGUCUCUCAAAUGUGGACAUUGCAGCUGCAGCCUCAGAUCGCAGUCUAAACCAAAUAGAUGAACACAACCAGGGUGCAUAUCCUCCUUUGAACAUGCCUUCAGAUUCUGCUGCAUCACUAGACUUUAUUUCGCCAUAUCCCAGUACUGCGGCUAUUUCCAGGAAUGAGAGACUUGAGCAGAAAACUGCAGAGUUCAACCGUACGCUCUUCCAGGCAGGGAUGGGCGUUCGGUGUGAUGAGGACAUUUCCAUGAAGGUCUCCGCUGAUUCUUCUCACAGUCUACCAGAGGCCGUAUCAAAGGACACGUUUAUAGACAGUCCUUCGAGGCACGUUGAAGACAAUCCCAAGGAUGUACUCUCAGAUCUCGUGGCACAGUGCUCAAACGAGGAGGGAAGAAGGAAAGAAACAAAGAGCCUUUUCACUAACUCUUCAUCACUGCAGCAGGAAGUGCUUAGUCUGAAGCAAGACAGUGAAGUUAAGUCUUCACCAGUUAAACAGCUUGUCCCAAGUGUUGGAGAAAAACUGAGUGCAAGUCCACCACAUCUGCAAACCCAGUUGGAAAGGUCCAGCAAAGAUCUGGAAGUUGGUACAGACCAACAGCAAGUAGACAAAAAAGCCAAACAAACAAAAAAGGACAUGUGUUGCACCAGGUCUCGGAUUCUAGAGGAAAAUCCAUGGAAGCCUUCUACGCUAGCAGCCUAUCCUCGCCCAAUGGAGUCUAGGUCCAACUAUGGAGCUGUUGAGAGGAUUCUCAAAAAUUACGAGGAUUUGGAGAGAUCUCAGGAGCAGCAUCAGCGAUCACAGCCCAGUCCGGGGAAAAAGGAAGACCUUGUGGACCUAUUGGAAAUGUUGGAUAUGCAGCAUGAGCCUAGCAUGAGAUUAACACACACACCGCACCAGCAGGUCAUAGCCCACAAAGAGACACAUGUAUCAGUGCAGCAAUGCAAAGAGUCCUCGCUAGCUAUCAAGAAGAGCUUUUCACGACCUGCGCGUCCGGCAAAGAGACGUUUGCCCUCUCGCUGGGCUAGCCGCCCGUCUGCAUCAGCUCCCUCGCCACCACCCACAGGCUUCACCCAGAGACAAACACUCACCUACUCCACCUUUCACACAGAGACCGUCAUCUAAAUUAGAUCACGUCCGACGCCUUUAAGCUCUACAUGUUGCCUGACGAGCCACGAUGACUGUCCAGUUUCGUUGUUUACAUUUCUAUAACCAUGAACUCAAACUGCCUUUUCAUGCUUUCUUCUCAAAGACGUGUACAUUUCAUUUCUACCAACGUGACUUGUUUUCUGUGUCCAUAAACCAGUAUUAAUCAUAUUUUAUAGCUGCGAAUGUAGACCUGUUUUCUGUCCCCGUGUGGCCUCGUCUGCUCGCGAGGCCUUGAUGUCUGAUCGAGCGUAUCUUCUACCAACUUCACCAAAGCCACAGACUUGCUUUCUACGGAAACCAACGGAUUCUGCGCUCGGUUUACGUGCUUAUCUGGUCUGAGACAUAUCAUCUAGACAAUGCCUUCGCAGUCCUUUUCUUGAUAAUUACUAUCUCAAGUCAAACUGUAUUCAGCAUUUAUAAAAUAAAAUACUGACACUCA